GAUAAGAGCAACACAAGGAUUCCUAAAAUGAUAUCCUUAACUUCAAUGCUUCAUCUUAACAUUUAGUUUUAUCAAGUAUGACAUUUCGCCAUACCAGCAAAAUUCCGAUACAAAAUACAAAUUAGUACGUGUCAGUUUGGACAAGCCAAGGUGACACCGGAAUUGAAGUUGUUCCCAAUCUUAGCAUUUGACAACAAAUUCAUUAUUCAGUUACAGACAUGGCCUUCAUGUUGGGGUAGACGCAUUGUUUAGUUCUGUUGCUUAUUGAAGGUUUGAAUAUAAGAAAUAUGUUUGCUAGUCAACGUCCAAAAAGGGUGAAUGACUGUGCGGUGCUUGGCUGCAACAAUACGGGUGGUAGUCACAAAGUUGCAUUUUACCAUUGACCAACAGCAGUUUUGAAUCAAGGGAAGAAGGCGGAACAUCUGUCAGAGAAUUAGCGAUGGCUUUCACGGAUGAGCCAGAUAUGCAUUCCAUUUGCUUUGCUUGCAUUUACUGUGAACACUUUAUUGAAGGAGGAUUUCCAACGAGCUUGCUAUGCUAAUAAGGAGCCCCAUUAGAGAGGACUCCGAUUGCCCAAAACGUCAUUGCAAUGUACUGUUAUGGCUGCCAUGGUGGAGUUUAUCAAAGGAAGUUGUACCGGGACUUGAUGGUAAAUUAUAAUAGGUUGGAACGACCAGUCCAAAAUGAUUCUGCAGCCAUCCUGGUGGAACUGGGUCUCACUUUGCUACAGAUCAUUGAUGUGGAUGAGAAGAACCAAGUUCUUAUCACUAAUGCAUGGCUCCAGCUGCAGUGGACAGAUGUAUACCUUACAUGGGAUGCAGAGAGUUACCCUGGUGUUCAAAACCUCCGAUUCCCUUCCAAUUUGAUAUGGGUGCCAGAUAUUCUUCUCUACAACAGUGCUGAUGAGAGGUUUGAUGCAACGUUCCAUACAAAUGUACUGGUCAAUGCGACAGGCUCCUGCCAGUACAUCCCACCAGGAAUCCUAAAGAGUACUUGCUACAUCGAUGUACGCUGGUUCCCAUUUGACGUGCAGAAGUGUGACCUAAAAUUUGGCUCCUGGACACACAACGGCUGGCUGCUGGACCUCCAGAUGAUGGACGUGGACAUCUCCAACUACAUACCCAAUGGCGAGUGGGAUCUCGUCGGUGUGCCAGCGAAGCGGAAUGAGCUCUACUACGACUGUUGCAAGGAACCAUACCCUGAUGUGACAUUCACUGUCACCAUGCGCCGUAGGACACUUUACUACGGCCUCAACCUGCUUAUCCCCUGCGUGCUCAUCUCUGGUUUGGCCCUGCUGGUAUUCCUGCUCCCUGCAGACUCUGGAGAGAAAAUCUCACUGGGUAUCACUGUGCUGCUGUCUCUAACUGUGUUCAUGUUACUGGUUGCAGAGAUCAUGCCUGCUACAUCAGACUCUGUUCCUCUAAUUGCUCAGUACUUUGCCAGCACAAUGAUGAUUGUGGGCUUAUCUGUAGUGGUGACAGUUCUGGUACUCCAGUUCCACCACCACGACCCCCAAGGAGGCAAAAUGCCCAAAUGGGUUCGAGUCAUUCUUCUCAACUGGUGUGCUUGGUUCCUGCACAUGAAAAAGCCAGGAGAGGAGAGAAAAACAAGCAGUCAGUCUGGCGUUCGUGUAGCCUACAAGUAUCCCCAUGCCUCUCCCCACCACACCAGCACCGACAGCACUGAGAUGAGCACCAUACAAGGCCAGGCCUCCACUCAGUCAACUAACACUAAUGGAAACAUUAACCUGUACCUGGGAUAUCAUUCCAUGGGAACAGACAACCCUUCUUUCCCAACCAGCACUGACCCAAGUGCGCUGAUGUGCGGCAGCGAUGGCCGAGGCAGAGAGAGAAACCCCACUGGUUCAUCCCCGGGUGACAUUCACACGGAGCAAACGCAGACUUUACUGCUGGAGCAGCUUCCAGAAAUAUCUCGAAUCCUGGAGGAAGUUCAGUACAUCGCCAGGCGCUUCCGAGAGCACGAUGAGGGCGAGGCCAUCUGCAGCGAGUGGAAGUUUGCAGCGGCGGUGGUGGAUCGCUUAUGCCUGGUGGCCUUUUCGCUCUUCUCAAUCAUCUGCACCUUCACCAUCCUAAUGUCAGCUCCUAAUUUCAUUGAGGCCGUGUCCAAGGACUUCACAUGAAGUGGGUCCUUAUGCUAUAAGAGCAAAAAAGAGUGGAAAAGCCCAUGUUAAACAUUCAGAAGCAAACUGCUCGCCUCCAUGCUUCUAACUGCUGAGGACCAACAAAAUCUUGUAGCACACAUACAUACUUCAAUUCAGAGAGUACCUCUAUUUACAUUUGCUGUAAUGUGAAAACUUAAAAUUUUCUCAAUUUAUUUAACUCCAGUAAAACAUUUUUACUGUCACCAUGCACACUCCACCCUUUUUUCUGUGAAGCAUUGGACAGUCUGGUCACAUUUUGCUUUAUUGUAUCAUUUAUCGUGAAGAAAUCCAGAUCUUGAAUUUUUCUACAUGUAAACAUUUAAUGGUUUGGACUGAAAUGAUCUUUUUGUUGUUGUGUAGAAUACAUUUUGUGAAACGUU